AUGUCAAACCUCGUCAAUCUCCUCGUUCCCUCCAUCAUAGCCUUGUUGACUGCGCUGUAUCCUGCGCCAUGGCAUCUUCGCACAAGGAAUAUUGCGACGCUGUCGAUGAUCUUCUGGAUGACGGCGCUGAAUUUGGUCCACAUUGUUAACUGUCUCGUGUGGAACAACAGCGCCGAGAUCAAGGCCAGGGCUUGGGGUGAUAUCAGCUCUUUGGUUCUAGUCGGUUACAACUUCGGUCUUCCUUUGGCCCACAUGAUCCUCGCCAAACAGCUCGAAGCCUACACCACUCUCCGCUCUAAAUCACCCCUCUACGACUCCACCUCUCGACGCAGGCACAAGCUCGUCGACUUGAGCUUCUCCAUCAUCGGCCCUAUCGCUGGUAUCCUUUUACAUCUCAGCACUCAGGACCGCAGGUUUUACGUCGUUGAGGGGUUUGGGCCCAUGGCCGCUACUUACUGGGACACAUGGGGAGUGAUCCUCAUGGCUAUCAUUCCUAUCGUCAUUGCCGGAGCAGCAGCUGUGUACACUAUCAUGGCCCUCGUCAACGUGUAUCUUCGACGACAACAAAUGCUCAGUCUGAUCGCUUCCGACGCCAGCGUAAACAAAGAACAAUUCUUUAGACUGUACUUCCUGACCAUCGCUGAGAUGGGUACCUGCGGCCUUCGAGCUAUCUUCAACCUCGUUUCAUUCCAACACGGACCUCAACCUCUUGGUCACCGCGGACCACCCGUGAAAAGCCUCUCUUUCAUAGAGAGCAUCUCCAGUUCAGACCUUAGCAGUACGAAUAAUCUGGUCUUGCAACUUCAAUGGUAUACCGUUGUCGCAUGUUCUUUCGUCUUCUUUUUGUGCUUCGCGACCAGCACCGAGACCAAAAAGUUCUGGAACAAUCUCUUCCGUCGUGUCUUCUGCAUCAAAGAAUCCCCUCAAAGUGGAUCCCGCAAACUCGGUUCAUGGGACGCUUCAACAUCAGCAGGAACCAAAAAAUCACCUUUCACUUCCACAGGCACUGCCACUUCCGAAAGCGCCUAUCCUGUCACACCGAAAGAAGCUUACUCCCUCGAGGAGAUGCUGGGUAAAACUACCAUAGGGAAGAACAGAGAAGAAGCGAUUUGGGAUGAGCAUAAACAGGCCGAUAUGUAUAUCGCUUCUUAUGAAGGUGGUAAAGUCGAAAAUGUUUAA